AUGCUGAGGCAUUACCGUGCCCAGCAUGAGAUGGAAGAACGAGUUAAUACUCCCGUGAUUAGCCCUGGUGCUUCCAGAAAGCAGGCGAUUGAUGAGGCUGUAAUGAACAUGAUCAUUACAGACUGUCAGCCGCUUAGCCUUGUGGAAGACAAGGGGUUCCGAGAGCUGGUCCAACUCCUUGAGCCCUCAUAUGUUCUGCCAUGCAGAAAGGCUAUCAAGACCAUGAUUAGCCAGAGGUAUGAGGAGAAAAAGGAGCAAAUUAAAAAAGAACUGAAGAGUGCAGCUGCAGUCAGCCUAACAGCUGACAUGUGGACAUCCAUGAACAUGGAGGCUUACCUGGCUGUGACCUGUCACUAUGUCAACAGUGAGAACCAUACACUGUGUACAUCAAUGUUGGGAGUGGAACACUUCCCUCAGCAGCACACUGCUGAAAAUAUGGCCCAAGUAAAGAAAAACUUAAUGCAGGAGUGGGCCAUAGCAGAGAAAGUUACAUGUCUUGUCACAGAUGCGGCUGCAAACAUGGUUGCAUGUGUCAAAAAGCUCCAAAUCAGGCACACGAUUUGCAUAGCGCAUUCUUUGAAUUUAACAGUUCGAAAAUCAUGUGACCAAAUUGAGACGCUCACUGAAAUCCGAAAUAAAACAAAGCACAUUGUAACAUACUUUAGAACCAGUACUACAGCCAAAGAGAAGCUGGCACAAGUCCAGCUACAGAUGGGAGGACCAGUGAAGAAAUUAAUCAAUGAGGUGUCAACUAGAUGGAACAGCACAUAUUUAAUGCUGGAACGCAUGGCGGAACAGAAGGAGUCGGUGUUGGUAUCACUAGCUUCUUUAAAAAGUGAUAUACCUCAGCUCACUACAAAUGAUUAUAAAAUCAUAGAGGAGACACUCCAUGUGCUUGCUCCAUUUAAUCAAGCGACAGUGGAGCUGUCUGAGGAAAAAAGAGUGUCUGGAUCAAAGGUAAUCCCAAUGCUCAAAAUGUUGCACCUCUCACUGCAACGCAAUGCAUUAAAUGUAACCACGGAAACCGCAAUUAAUCUUGUGGAAAACCUAAAAAGAAGACUGCUAGAAACUCUGUGCAACCUGGAGUCAUUGAGUGUAAUGACAAUGCCAACACUGCUGGACCCUCGGUUCAAGACCAUGGCAUUCUUAAGUGCGUCAAAAGCCAAUGAUGCAGUGAAAAGACUAAAAUCAGAGUGUGCAGCAGUAAUGAGAAACGCUAUACCAACACAAAUGGAAGAUGCCCAAGCUGGACCUUCAACUCAACCAUCUGAUUCCAAUCCAGAUGACAACCUGUGGCACCAGCUGGACAUAGAAGUCAAGGAGAGCAAGGCCAAUUCAAAUGUCACCACCGAUGCCAUUAUCGAGGUGAAAAAGUGA